AUCAAUCUCUCCAUAUGCGAGUGAAACCUAAGUGUUUCCCAAAGCUCAUUUCAAAAGCUAGAAAUCAAAUUCAAUUCUCUUAUAUUUGAUAUAUUCUAUCUCCUAAAAGAGAAGUGAUUUGUUCUUAGUAUUCAAACACAUUACAUUAUAUUACAUUGAUAUCUUUUUUUUAAUAUAUAGCCUUAAAGGUAAUAAAACCUCAUGGCAUCAAACAUCACCUUGGAAGACAUUAAGAACGAAAAUGUCGAUCUUGAACGGAUCCCAAUAAAUGAGGUGUUCCAACAACUACGUUGCACCAAAGAGGGGUUGACGACUGAGGAUGCUGCACAAAGGCUCGAUGUCUUUGGUCAGAACAAACUUGAAGAGAAAAAGGAAAGCAAGGUUUUGAAGUUCUUGGGGUUUAUGUGGAAUCCGUUAUCAUGGGUCAUGGAGAGUGCAGCCAUCAUUGCCAUUGGUCUGGCUCAUGGAGGGGGCAAGCCCAUGGAUUGGCAAGAUUUCAUUGGUAUCCUUUUAUUGCUGAUCAUAAACUCCACUGUCAGCUUCAUUGAGGAAAACAAUGCAGGCAAUGCUGCUGCUGCUCUAAUGGCAGGACUUGCACCUAAGACUAAAGUGUUGAGAGAUGGCAAAUGGAGUGAACAAGAUGCUGCGAUCCUUGUUCCGGGAGAUGUAAUCAGCAUAAAACUAGGAGACAUUGUCCCUGCAGAUGCCCGACUUCUUGAAGGAGAUCCUCUCAAGAUCGAUCAAUCUUCCCUGACUGGAGAAUCUUUGCCCGUCACCAAGUAUCCAGGAGAUGAAGUCUUCUCUGGCUCCACAUGUAAACAGGGUGAAAUUGAAGCCGUUGUUAUUGCCACUGGUCUCCAUACUUUCUUUGGCAAAGCUGCACAUCUUGUUGACAGCACCAAUCAAGUUGGUCACUUCCAAAAGGUGUUGACUUCCAUUGGAAACUUCUGCAUAUGUUCCAUAGCUGUGGGGAUUGUGGUAGAGAUAGUGGUGAUGUACCCAAUCCAGCACAGAAGAUACAGAGAUGGCAUUGACAAUCUAUUGGUUCUGCUAAUUGGAGGGAUCCCAAUUGCCAUGCCCACUGUCUUAUCAGUGACCAUGGCAAUCGGCUCUCACCGUCUGUCCCAGCAAGGUGCCAUCACUAAGAGGAUGACUGCAAUUGAAGAGAUGGCCGGAAUGGAUGUCCUUUGCAGUGACAAGACUGGAACUCUCACCCUUAACAAGCUCACUGUUGACAAAAGUCUUAUUGAGGUUUUCACUAAGGGUAUCGAUAAGGACGCUGUCAUGGUCCUUGCGGCCAGGGCAUCCAGGGUGGAGAAUCAGGAUGCUAUUGAUGCAUGUAUCGUUGGAAUGCUGGCUGAUCCUAAGGAGGCUAGGGCAGGCAUCCAGGAAGUGCACUUCCUACCUUUCAAUCCAGUGGACAAGCGCACCGCUAUCACAUACAUAGACUCCAGUGGGAAUUGGCAUAGGGCAAGCAAAGGUGCACCAGAACAGAUUGUUGAGCUUUGUGGCCUGAAUGGCGAUGUGCAAAGAAGAGUUCAUUCGAUCAUCGACAAGUUUGCAGAUCGCGGCCUUCGCUCUCUUGCUGUCUGUCAACAAGAAGUGCCUGAAAAGAAUAAGGACAGCCGGGGAGGUCCAUGGCAAUUAGUAGGACUCUUGCCUCUGUUUGAUCCACCAAGACACGACAGUGGAGAAACAAUCAAGCGUGCACUGCACCUUGGUGUCAAUGUGAAGAUGAUCACGGGGGAUCAGCUAGCCAUUGCUAAGGAGACAGGGCGACGACUAGGGAUGGGGACUAACAUGUAUCCUUCUUCCUCCCUCCUGGGUGGUGACAAGGGCGAAAACAUUGAGAACCUUCAGGUUGAGGAACUCAUCGAGAGGGCUGAUGGCUUCGCCGGAGUUUUCCCAGAGCACAAGUAUGAGAUUGUGAAAAAACUGCAAGAGAGAAAGCACAUAUGUGGCAUGACUGGGGAUGGGGUUAACGAUGCCCCAGCACUGAAGAGAGCAGACAUCGGAAUCGCAGUGGCUGAUGCGACAGAUGCAGCCAGGAGUGCGUCUGACAUAGUCUUGACAGAACCAGGUCUGAGUGUGAUUGUCAGUGCCGUGUUGACAAGCAGAGCCAUUUUCCAGAGGAUGAAGAAUUACACAAUUUAUGCAGUUUCCAUAACAAUCCGUAUCGUUCUUGGUUUCAUGUUGAUUGCCCUAAUCUGGAAAUUCGACUUCUCUCCCUUCAUGGUUCUCAUCAUUGCCAUUCUCAAUGACGGGACCAUCAUGACCAUUUCCAAAGAUAAAGUGAAGCCGUCCCCAAUGCCUGAUUCCUGGAAGCUUAAGGAAAUUUUUGCCACAGGCAUUGUUCUUGGGACUUACCUAGCCGUCAUGACUGUCAUCUUCUUCUGGGUUGUUCAUGACUCUGACUUCUUCACGGAGAGGUUCCAUGUUAGACGAAUCAGGGAUAAUUAUGCCGAGAUCAACUCAGCUUUGUAUCUUCAAGUGAGCAUCGUGAGUCAGGCUCUUAUCUUCGUCACCAGGUCCCGGAGUUGGUCUUUUGUAGAACGCCCCGGUCUCUUGCUUGUUGCUGCUUUUGUUAUCGCACAACUGGUUGCCACCUUGAUUGCUGUGUAUGCAAACUGGGGAUUUGCUAGAGUAAGCGGCAUUGGCUGGGGCUGGGCAGCUGUGAUCUGGAUCUAUAGCAUACUUUUCUACACUCCACUCGAUCUGUUGAAGUUUGCGAUUCGAUAUGCUCUUAGCGGUAGAGCAUGGGAUAAUAUGCUAAACAGCAAGACUGCUUUCACAUCUAAGAAGGAUUAUGGACGGGGCGAAAGAGAGGCACAGUGGGCUAAACGCCGCGCCGAAGUUGCUAGGCUAAGGGAACUACACACGCUAAAGGGCCAUGUUGAAUCGGUGGUGAAGCUCAAGGGAAUUGAUGGCGAUGCAAUUCAGCAGUCAUACACGGUCUGAGAAAGCUGUAAAAAUUGAAGGAUGAAAUGUACUUAAUUAUAACCUAUGAUCAUCAUCAAGAGGAGAAUAAGGAAAAGAAUCCCAA